AUGGCCGCUGAAGAGCAACUGUUUUGGGUACUACAAGAAAAUGACAUAGAUAACGAAGAGCUCUUUUUUCCCUCCGAUACACCUAUAGGCAAGGUCAAUCCUAAACGGCUCUAUAGCAUCUUGAAAAAGAGAUAUGCAAGACAAAAACAACGUCUAUUGCAACAACAAAUAAGCGACUUGCGUCAAUUUCAUCUCGAAUUUCAAAAGAAAUACGCUCAAGAAUUAUCCGCGCCUUCUAGAGUUCAGUCUCAUUGCGAAAUAAUCGAAGGACCCGAGUUCUUGGCAGAAAACAGUGAUGCUCUGUCUAACUUUUUGUCGGUUAUUGCAACGAGCACUCAUGUUGGCAAUUGCUUGAAUUUGGCUGCAUUGGAGCAACCAAAGCAAGAAGAGUUGCCCAUCAUGGAAAGGCAACAUCGAGUACUCAACAUGAUCCAAAGAAAAUUUAAAGACCAAUUUGAAGCACCGAAUGAUAGACAUCAAAGACAAUACAAAACAUUAGAGAAUUAUCAUAAAGAGGAACUGAAUGUCAUUCCAAUUGAAUAUCAAGAUAAACCAGUAUCACCACCUAAAGACGAUGAAAAUGCAGAAGACGCAGUUGAAGUAACACGAGGAAGAAGAGAACGGUACCUAGACUAUAAAAGUAGAGAUGAUGAUCGAGAUAAAAGAGCCAUGCGAUACUGUCCUGAUGAACAUGUCAGAAAGCGAGUUAGAAGUGAUCCACGUUUACCCUAUAGUCCUUCAGUCAGCCCACGCUCGUCUGCUGAACCACGUUCGCCUAAUCAAGAUCCUCGCCGUAUGCCAGCAGAAGCUCGAGCCCAUCGAUUUUCACCUGCAGAUCCCUUUUCUUAUCAAUUGCCAUCACGCCCUGAUCCGAUACCAACAGGUCCUCGAGCGGAUCGAAGGAUACCACCACAAGAAAUACCAACGGGUCCUCGAGCGGAUCAAAGGCAAUUACCACAAGAAAUACCAACAGGACCUCGAGCAGAACAGAUACCUUCUGGUCCAAGAAAUAAUUCAUUUGUAGAUCCAAGGCCCAAUACACGACCACUACCUUAUCAGCCAAGACCACAACAAAAGACGAAUUUACAACAGAGGAUGGAUUCACGACAAAGGGUUUCAACGGGCAUGGCAGGGCCUCCCUCUAUAAUAAAAAUAGAACCACCUAAUGUGAUGACAAGUAGUAGCAACAAUAGACUCAAUACUCCACCUACAAUUACAGCAAGUAGUACUAAUAUCAGACCUAAUGCUCCAUCUCCCAUUGCAGCAAGCAGUAGUAACAAUAGACCUAAUAUUCGACCUGCAGUUGGAACAAGUAGUAGUAACAACAAUAGACCUGGUGCUCCACCUACCAUUGCAUCAAGCAAUAGCAAUACUAGACCUAAUGCACCCCCAGUAAUUGGAUCCAGUAGCAGUAAUAACCAUACAAAGCCUUUGUUUAGAGACUCAGGCAAACAGCAGUCGAUAUAUCGCGGGAAAACCAAAUUAGUAUGUUUGAUGGACAAAGGUACACUUCAGAUUCGAUCCAAACCAGACAGAGUCAUUAUCACAGGUCCCAAUGGCACAGCUGCUUAUGGAGAUCCCAGAGAUUAUGACGAUGCGAUCAAUAAUGUCAAUAACCCUAAUAACCCUAUACAAAAACGAUUUAUGUCGGGUGAUGUCUAUUUAUUUCAUAAGAGUGAUUCAGGCAAAGUAGAAAUCAUUGGCCCUGUGUACAAAAUACAGCCUUUGAUCCACAGGUUCUUUUUGUCUAGAUAA